AUGCAGGUGCUGCAGUCGUUACCACGAAAAUCCAUAAUACUGGCCAUCUCCCUCAUUACGAUCAUCAUUGUCCUCUUCAGAUUCUACGGCGACGUCCCAGUCGACUACUACCGCAACUACGCCCCCGCUGAAGCCAUAGCCCCCGCCGUCACAAAGAACGACAAACCCCAGCCCGGCUACUUCAAGGCGCAGCCAGAGUGGGAUUGGGACGUGCCUGACUACGCGAGCUCUUGGAAGGGAUAUGCGCGGAACCCCAGGAACAGGGAUAUCGUCGUCUUGACAGCGAGUGACGGCGGCGGCCACAACAGCGCCAUCCCCAACGUGCUGGAACGAGUACUGGACGACCGCGAGAAGUACUGCGAGAGAAAUGGAUACACAAACCUCUGGCUCAACACGAGCCGCUACGACAUCGGCAAGGCUCACAGGACAUGGUCCAAGAUCCCCGCCGUCUCCGAAGCCUUCUCCCUCUACCCCAACGCCGAAUGGGUCUGGCUGAUCGACACCGACAUCGUCAUAAUGCAACCCGACUACGACCUCGUCAAAGAAAUCGUCGGCCCUGACGCCAUCAAGCGCGGCCUCAUGCGCGACACCCCCAUCCUCGACGGCCAGCUCAAGAAGAACCCAACCAACAUCAACACACCCAAAGACUUCCGAGUCGAGGACAUUGACAUUCUCAUCACGCAGGACCACCAGAGCGUCAACACGGGCAGCACCUUCUUCCGCCGCUCCGCCUUUACGAGAUACCUACUCGAGACCAUGACGGAUUACACCAUGUUGAUGGGACAAGAGCACAAUGGCGCCGAGCAAGACGCGAUCAAGCAUCUGAUGCUCGAGCACCAGAUAGUAAGAAACCACGUGGGCAUCUACCCGCAGCGCAAGUUCAACGCCUACGCGCAGGGUGGCGAGAACAUGGGCUAUCGCGAUGGCGACCUGCUCGUGCACUUUGCGGGCUGCUGGGUUGGCGGCAAGUGCCAAGAGUGGUUUGAAGAGUUUUGGGGCAAGAAGGGGCACAAGGACGUCUGGAGGCCGGUCGGGCAGUAA